AUGUCUGAUGAAAUUGCAUCAGCAAUGGAGCAGGAAAUGGUGGAAGAACAGGCUAUAAAGUGCCCAAGGCCUUCAGCAAAGAGGCAAAGGAAAAGAUCUCCUGACGCCCGAGAAGAAACAGAUAAAGAACGUGUAGACGAUAGUCUUCUGCAAGACGCACGUAGAAUCAAAGAAAACAUCAGGGUCUACAUGAACGCAACAGACAGGAACAUGAGUGCGAAGGUACAAAAGCACGUUGAUGGGAAAAUUCAACAGUUAAUAGAUAUAAUGGAGACAAUAUAUGAUAAAAACUAUGAAAAAACGUUUUAA